AGAACACGAGAAACACAAGAAAAUUCUGCAGGACUUACUUUCACUGCUGGACUGAACUGCAUCGUCUGGGAUCACAGUGUUGUCUCAGAGUACAGCCGAUUUAUACUCGACAGUACUGUCUGAGUAUUAACUGACGGAGAGAGAGAGAAAGAGAGAGAAAGAGAGAGAGAGAAGAUUACAUAGAACAGUCUCAUUCUAGUCAGAGGAUAGUGCCGGUAAAGUCUAAGUUUCGUCUUCUACACAGCACUGAACAGCAUAGUGAAGAGAACCAGGAAGGGCUCCAUGAGGGGGUCCAGCCCCAUGUGGCUGCCCGUGGCUCUGAGCCUUCUGCUGGGUCACGUCUGCAGCGGAGCCCCCCUCAGCCUGUCCAGACCCAGCGGCCAACACAAGGUCUUGCUGAUCUCCUUCGACGGCUUCAGAUGGGACUACGACCGCGACGUGGACACGCCCAACCUGGACGCCAUGGCGAUAGACGGCGUGAAGGCCCGCUAUGUGACGCCACCAUUUUUCACCAUCACCAGCCCCACACACUUCACCCUGCUCACAGGUCGCUACGUAGAGAACCAUGGCGUGAUCCACAACAUGUGGUUCAACACAACGUCCACGGAGAAGAAGCCCUACUACCAGACCCAGUUUGUGAAUGAAUGGUGGGACAACGGGACGCUGCCUAUCUGGAUCACGGCCCAGAGACAGGGUCUGAAAGCAGGUUCCCUCCACUUCCCAGGCACCGCCUCCUCCUAUCAGGGCGAGCGCGCCAUGGCGACGGACGUGGAACCCGGUUUCUAUAACUACAAGAACGAGACGCUGUGGCGCCGGAACGUGGACAAGGUCAUGGGCGACUGGUUUCGAGACAUGGACCUGGACUUCGUCUCGCUGUACUUCGGAGAACCGGACGGCACAGGACACCGAUACGGGCCGGACUCCCCCCAGCGGCGGGAGAUGGUGAAGCAGGUGGACCGCACGGUCGGGUACAUCCGCAGCACGGCGGAGCGCCACGGCGUGGCGGAGCGCCUCAACAUCAUCAUCACGGCCGACCACGGCAUGAGCAGCGUGUUCAGGAACGGCCUGGUGAAGGAGAUCGUGCUCUCCAAGAUCCCCGGGUUCUCUUUCAGCGACCUCUCCUUCCACCUGGUGGACUUCGGGCCCUCAGGCAUGCUGCUGCCUAAGGAGGGCCGCCUGGAGAAGGUGUACUCCGCCCUGAAGGGGGCGCAUCCGCACCUCCACGUCUACACCAAGGAGGACCUGCCCCGGAGGUUACACUUCUCCAACAACGAUCGCAUUCUUCCCAUCAUCCUCUUUUCCGACCCUGGAUACGUCAUCAAUGGGUACUUACCAGUGCAGUUCCACAACGGAGAGCAUGGCUUCGACAACGAGGAGAUGGACAUGAAGCCCUUCUUCAGGGCUGUGGGACCUGCCUUCCAGAGGAACCUGGAGGUCGGGCCCUUCGAGACGGUCAACAUCUACCCACUGAUGUGUCACAUCCUGGGGAUAAGGCCUGAGGUCAACGAUGGCCACCUGGACAACACCAGACACAUGCUGGCCUCCGAGAUCCAGGAACAGCUUGAUGUGAACAUCCUGGCCAGCGUUUUCACUGGUCUGUCUGCUGUGUCGGGAUUCCUGGUGGUGGUCUUUAUCGCUGCCAUGUCUUUACGCCUCUAUAACAACAACAACAACAACAACAACCGCAAGAGUAAGGAGGAAGUACAUCACCAUCAGGAGGAGACAGAAAAUAAGCAAACAUCUUUAUGAACACCAAACUGAAUGUGCAUUCGGAUCACUGCUAGGGGAUGACGGACUACGGAUGACGGGAAAAGGAGACAAGGUGACAAGGGCACAACUGGAAGAGGAGGAAAGGGGACAUGGGACUUGGACAAGGGGAAGAGGAGAAGUGGACAAGUACACCAGGUUCCUGACUAGGCUGUUAGCUGGCUGUAAGAUGAGUCCAGAGUCAGGUGGCUGAGCGGUGAGGGUAUCGGGCUAGUAAUCUGAAGGUCGCCAGUUCGAUUCCCUGCCGUGCCACAUGACAUUGUGUCCCUGGGCAAGGCACUUCACCCUACUUGCCUCGGGGGGAAUGUCCCUGUACUU